UCUCCCUCUGUACUGAGGGCAGACUGGAGCUACAGUGUCUCACUGUCGCCUCUAGAGGAACAAGUGGUAUUACAAGACUGGACGGAGCGGCGCUAGUCAGCUAGCAUGCUGAAAUCAGUAGUCACAAUACACAGACGUCUUUGACAAAACAUCAACACUGUUACCUCUUCACAUUCUGUUGAUAAUGUUAGUCCAUAGUGUUAUAGUUUUAAGUUUAGAUGCUGCAUAUCUUACACAUUGAGCCUUAAAAAAUAUCAAAUAAAUAAAAUAAUUUUCCCUGAAGUGUAUUGCAUUAGAAGUGUAGAGUAGCAGGAAUGGGAAUACUCACGUAAAGUACAAGUACCUCAACAUUGAACUCAAGUACAGUACUUGAUUACAUGUACACCAGAAUAAACAACGACCUACUUCUGAGCUGAUUGAAAACAGGAAGUGGUUUUGAAUAGUUUCACUUUGUGAACCCUCCCUUGCUGUAAGUGCGUCCAGUGGCUACCAGAUGGCGCUAUUUAGUUACUAUGUAACCAGCAUGAGCACUGGUUACCACAGGGAGACUGCUGUGCGCUGCACGCACACCGACACCUGCCACAGCUGGUGGGGACCGCUGGAGCAUCUCGCUCCCUCUGCCUCUACAGGUUGGUGUCUGACUGGCGGUGACUCAAUGAAAUACAGCAACAAACUGAGACUGCAAGACCCUCCCCUGUAGUUUCCCAUCGGUGUUUCUCAGCCACCGCAAGUGGAAGCGUAAAGAGAAGAGAGGAGAAGAGCAGCUGCGGGACCGAUGGAGAAGAAGCAGGGAUCCUCUCUUCAGUACGGUUCACUGGAGCGCACUGAAUGGAGCAGAGACACCAACAAACCAGACGACGACGUGGUGUCCAUGGCGGACUCCACCAUCACCACGGACGACAUUGAGGGGGAGCUGUUUAAGAUUGACAGGAUCAGAGACGUGCUGGUCAGGAGGGAGUCAGAGCUCAGAUACAUGAUGGAUGACAUUCAGCUGUGCAAGGAGAUCACUCGUCUGAAGAAGGAGCUGCAGAAAUUAGUGUCCAUACCAGAUAAUGACAAGUCCAACGAGGACCGGCAGAAGGAAGAAGAACUACUGCAGCAGAUCCACAAGCUGGUCGAGACCAGAGAUUUCCUGGUGGACGAUGUGGAGUUUGAACGACUCAGGGAAAAAGAAGAAGAUAAAGAAAUGGCUGAUUUUCUGAAGUCCAAAUUCCCAAGAAAUAUAAAGAAAAAAGGUGUACCAACCAGACGGGCUCCAUCCAGGGCUCAGCAGACAUCUUCUCCCUUCGCCAAGACAGGCCUCACCCUGCUGAAGGAGUGCUGUGGCUUCACAUGCUCCAUCAUGUAGACUGGAGUGAGAAUGGAGGGCCCCACUGCAGGGCUGACACUAUUGGCCACUAUACAAGAGUCAAUAUUUCCACUUUCAGCUUUUCAGUCCGAGAAAGACUUUGAAGCAUGGAUGGAGCAGUGUAGACGCAAGUUGAGAAAUCUCCAAGGGGAGAGCAAAGGAUGUUGCAAAGAUCCUUUGGGGUGUUUUUUCAUGCUAAGACCCAAGUUUGUCUCGUGUUAGAUGUGUUUGUCUCUUUCAUUGGACUUUAAAUCUGGUUUUGUUUCUUAUGCUCUCUACGUCUCAUCAUUUUCACUUCUGAACAGCUUCCAAAAAGGAACAACCCAACACAUGGUAUUUAUUUCUCUUUUUCAGGCCGAGAGGACAGCGAUAGAAACAGAAACAGCAGAGCACGAGUCAGGCAUGUAUUGUGGACACACUAAUUGGAUUCAACCGCCAUAACCCGCCUACAACUUUAAUAUUUAUAGACUCUGCUGACCUAUGAUAACUGUCAUCUCCUCAUUAAAAUGGUUGUUUUGCA